GGCUCAUAACUUCAUUCACUACCUUAACCAUUCAAUCAAAUUCUUUAAGAGAAACUCGCAACACACAACAAGCCAAGAUGUCAAAGAAGAUCAUGUUGAAGAGCUCUGACGGAGAAUCCUUCGAGGUGGAAGAAGAGGUUGCACGUCAAUCACAGACUUUAGCAAAUCUCAUCGAAGACAAUUGCACCGAUGGCGAGAUCCCGAUUGCGAACGUCACAAGCAAAAUCCUCGGCAUGGUUGUAGAAUAUUGCAAGAAGCACGUCGUGGUGGUCGAUGGAGGUGAUGAUUCAUCUUCCUCCUCCACUUCCGAGGAGGAUCUCAAGAAGUGGGACGCUGACUUCAUGCAAAUCGACCAGUCCACGAUGUAUGACCUAAUCUUGGCUGCGAAUUACCUAAACGUUGCAAGCCUGCUUGACCUCGCUUGCCAGACAGUUGCUGAUAUGAUCGCAGUAUGCAAGAGUGCUGCAGAGAUUCGCGCAAAGUUUGGCAUCGAGAAUGAUUUUACACCAGAGGAAGAAGCAGAGAUUGUCAAGGAGAACCAAUGGGCUUUUGAAUGAAACCUAACUAGUUUGUUUGUUUUUAUUUUAUUAUGUUAUAAUAAACCAAUGGUGUUUUGCUAUGGAGACAAUCUUUAGUUGGAUAUUAAUAUAUGUUUUAGCAAUUUUA